AAAUUGGUCUAUUUUCAUCCCCCAAAGUAUGAAUUCUGUCCUUCCUUGGCUGUUGUUUCUCCAACUAGUGACUAUGGCCGCUGCCGUAGAGCCUCUCCGGCCAGGGUUCUACUCCCAAAUAUGUCCACCGGCUGAACUCAUAGUCAGAGAUGUGAUGAAGAGAGCCUUGAUUAGGGAGCCAAGAAGCGUCGCCUCUGUCAUGCGUCUUCAAUUUCACGAUUGCUUCGUUAAUGGUUGUGAUGGUUCUGUGCUGCUAGAUGAUACACCAGACAUGCUUGGGGAAAAGCUAGCUCUUUCCAAUAUUAACUCGCUGAGAUCUUUCGAAGUCGUCGAUGAAGUUAAGGAAGCUUUGGAAGUUGCUUGCCCUGGAAUCGUUUCUUGUGCUGAUAUCUUAGUCUUAGCCGCCAGAGAUGCCGUUGCUCUGACUGGAGGACCCGAUUGGGAAGUGAGACUGGGAAGAAAAGAUAGCUUAACAGCCAGUCAAGAAGACUCGGACAAUAUAAUGCCAAGUCCAAGAGCAAAUGCAACUUCUCUGAUCAAUCUCUUCAGCCAAUUCAAUCUAUCAAUCAAGGACCUUGUUGCCCUCUCUGGGUCACAUUCCAUUGGUGAAGCCAGGUGCUUUUCAAUCAUGUUCAGGCUCUACAACCAAUCAGGGCCCGGCAAACCUGACCCUGCCAUCGAGCCAAGGUUUAGAGAAAAGCUGGACCAGCUUUGUCCACUCGGAGGAGACGAGAAUGUAACCGGACCCCUCGAUGCAACCCCUACAGUGUUUGAUAACCGGUACUUCAGAGACCUGGCUGUUGGAAAGGGGUUUCUGAAUUCCGAUCAAACACUUUUCACAUCUCCUCGGACGAGACCAUAUGUUAGGCUGUUUAGCAAAGACAGAGAUGAAUUUUUCAAGGCUUUCGUUGAGGGGAUGUUAAAGAUGGGAGAUUUGCAGAUUGAGCAGCCCCGUGAGAUACGAACAAAUUGCAGGGUGGCCAAUAGCCGAACUGUGGAUGUAUUAAUGGAAUCUUGAAGAAGAUAUUUUAAAGUCAUGGAAUUAAGAACAUAUGUGUAUGUAUAUAUAUGAUAAAGAUUAAGGGCAUAAAGCAAAGAGAAUUCAGAUACUUAAAUCUUUUCAUAUCUGAGAUGCUUGUGAUUGAAAUGCUUGAGCGAAUUAAAGAGUGAAUUAUGCAAAUAUGAAAAAA